UAGAUUUGUGUCGAAAAUAACAUUGAUAUAAAACCUUUUGUGUUAACUACAUUUUCUGUGAUAAUAGAAUAAAAGUAGAUUAAAUGAUUUUUUAAUUGUCCUUUACAUAUGUUAUUUACUUUGCAGAUAUAAAAAUGUAGAAUGGAUAAGAUGGUCGGUAUUGGAGGAUUCUACAGAAGAAGACAGAUUUACUGUUCAUUACAUCAUACCCAGAUUGUGUUGACGUGAAUGAAUGCAGGAAUAAAAUGGAACAUAAGAAGGACGAGGUGCCCAGACUCAACUCUACUAAUCUGGUUCCUCUCCGGGUAGAUGUAGAGAUACCACCGGAGCCGGAGCUACCCAGUCCCAUCCUCUCCAGUAGUUGUAGGACCCGGAUACCCAACCGGGCUGAAGCUAUCGGACGCAAAUUCGCGAUUUUUCUACCUGACGACUCUCAAGAGAGCUUGGAGGAGGAUCAAAUUCUUGAAAAUCCAACAUCAAAUGAUCCAAAACAAGAGCCGACAUUUAUUGAGUCUAAACUUGGUCUUGAAUCUGAAGUAAGAGCUGAACCAGAAGAUGGAACACUGGAACUUACAUCUGAGAUUAAAGCUGAGCUUGAACCUGGAACCUGUUUGGAGAAACCUAUCCUGGGAGAUGAACCCUGCAGUCCUGUUCUCUCUAGUCAGAGGAGCAGGAGAGAGGAGACGGAUCUUACAGAUGGUUCUAUCGAAUGGACUUAUCUGAUGGAAGAUGAAGAGCCGAUUAAUUUCGAUUCUCCAGCAGGGUUCAAGAUCGCUGCAAGCCUAGGUUGCAAAGGUACCCCUGUGACCUGGGAUACAAGGUUUGAGACUCCUCUAUCUAACCUUGUUCCUGCUACUGAUGAGAACGGGAAGAUUAAAUGGGAUAAUAUGAACACUAUUGAGAGGAUCCAUCUUUCACCCUCAAGACCUAAGAAUCCAGUUUUACGGGGGAGCCGUCCACCCAGCAGAAACCUGUUCAGCCCAAAUGAUGAAACUGUAAACAAUCAGUCCAGCACUAACUCACUUAGAUCCAAGCUGAACUUCUCAGCAACUUCGGAGGUUGAGCUGGUAGAUAUGGAUGAUACUGAUGAACUGGAUAGUAUAUCUCCAGAUGAUCUUGAAAUAAAUACGGAAAAGGAGGAAAAAGAAGAAAACCGGCCCAAAAUGAACGUGAAUGGUUUAGAUGAAAAUCUGCUGAAACAGGAUGAAGAUAAUGAUCAGAGGAGAGAGGAGGAAGAAAAUAUGAAGCAGGAAAGAGGAGCUGAGAAGGGUUUCAGGUUGAAAGAGAACGGAUUGGAUAUCCAGGCUGAUGGAGAUGUUGGAUCUCCCAUUAUCAGGAGUUGUCCCUUGAAAAGAGUUAAAAUAUCUGAGAGUCCGGAGAACUCAACCCAGCAGUUCCUCGGAGAUCUAUCCGUCUCCGUCCUGGAGCAGUUCUGUGAGGAGUGGGAGGAGAGAGAGGGUUCUCUUAGCACCAGUACCCCUCUCAGGAGGAAGGUUGGGUCUAGUUCUCCGGGUUCAGAAAACAAGAGAUCUAUGCUCCAAGUGUCAAGUUCCACUAAUUCUAGCUCCCGGUGUAUGGAGCAGUCAAGGGAUUCAGGAUUCAGUUCUUGCAAGGAUCAUCAAGCUCCACCUAGAUCAAGUUUGUCAGAGACUCCAAAUAGUUCUGAUACCAGAAUAGCUGAGAACAAUUCUGAUACCAGAAUAUCGGAGAAUAAAACCGUCCUAAGCUCUACUAACAACAGCACUGAGAUGGACACUGUUAUCAUCAACAACACUGACAUCAGCAGAUCCGUCAACAACUCCACCAUCCAGUCCAAUAUACUAGAAACUCCUGAAAAUAUAUCCGGGGGUAGACCAGCUCCCCGCCGAACUCUUGGAGUCAGAUCUACAGAGGCAAGGAACUGUAGUGGGAUCAGGAGAGUUCUUGGAUUAAAGAAACACGGACAUUUUAUCCAGGUUGGAGGGACUCCAGGAAACCUAGGGAAUAUAAAUUCUCCGGGUAUUCAAACCAUCCAGCUCUCAGCUCUCAAACCUGCCACAGCUUCUGGAGAUCCUGCGAACCUUAACGGAAAAGAGAAUAUUAGCUCCGGGUGUAAAAGCACUAGUUCUCUGAAGAAUGAUCUAAGUCCAGGAGAUUGUAACCUUAGAACUCGGUCUAAACCUUUCAUUUCCGAAUCUAACUCUACACCUGUUAGUUUAAACUCAGGUUCAAUGGUAGGUCAGGGAACUUUAAAACCUAAGAUUUUGUACAGUUCGUUAGAAGAAAAAUUUCAGGAAAACCUGGAGGAAUUCAACCCUGAGAUGUCCACAGAUAAAUUAUCUAAAUUUGACAAGUUUUUCGAGACAUUAUGCCAUGAUUCUAAUCCAGUUGUGACUGACACCGAAACAUCUGAAAAUACUAAAGAAGGAACUGAAAUUUUAAUGGAAAGAUUUAGCACUGCUUCAGGAAAAAAAGUGGAAAUACCAGAGAAAGCAUUGAUUGAAGCAAAAGAGAUGAUGAGUGGAUUUAGCACUGCUUCGGGAAAGAAAGUGGAAAUAUCAGAAAAAGCAUUGAUUGAAGCAAAAGAGAUAAUGAGUGGAUUUAGCACUGCUUCGGGAAAGAAAGUGGAAAUAUCAGAGAAAGCAUUGAUUGAAGCAAACAAGAAAAUGGGUGGAUUUAGCACUGCUUCAGGAAAGAAAGUGGAAAUAUCAGAGAAAGCAUUGAAUGAAGCAAAAGAGAAAAUGGGUGGAUUUAGCACUGCUUCUGGGAAGAAAGUGGAAAUAUCAGAGAACGCAUUGAUUAAAGCUAAAGAGAUAUUGGGAGUCUUUAUCACUGCUUCUGAAAAGAAAGUGGAGAUUUCAGAGAAAGCAUUGAUUGAAGCAAAAGAGAAAAUGGGUGGAUUUAGCACUGCUUCUAGAAAGAAUGUGGAAAUAUCAGAGAAAGCAUUGAUUGAAGCAAAAGAGAAAAUGGGAGGAUUUAGCAUUGUUUCUGGAAAGAAAGUGGAAAUAUCUGAGAAAGCAUUGAAUACAGCAAACACUAAAUUUUCAUCAAUAAUUCAUUCUGAUGUAAAAAGAUUAAACCUAAUCAAAAAUAUUCAACAGGGUCAAGAAAACUGUGAUUUUAGUUCUGUGAUAAUAGAUGUUAAAAGUCUGAAACCGGAAGCUAAAACUGUGAUACCGGAAGUGGAUGCGCUGGCACCGGAUAUAAAUGCUGUGAUAAUGGAAGAAGAAGAAUUUUUCCUUGAUGACGACGAUGAAGAAUUUUCUAAUAUGGCGGCUCAGGUUGGGGAGGGAAUAAGAACGGAGGAAGAUGGAAAAGGAAAACGAAGACGAGAGGAUGAGGAUGUCGAAGGCAGAAAAAGAAUCAAAGUGGAAUCAUCUCAGGAGUUAAAAUCUCGAGAAGAGAGAGAGAAAAACAGAUUGAAGCAGAAAAAUCUUAUCUCUGGAAAACUGAAGAAACUGAUCCGUCCUGUCGAAGGAGAACUAACUAGGUUGAAGAAAACCAAUAAACUCUGUGUUAAACUCAGGGAUAGGGUCAGAUCAGAAUAUACGGUUUCAGACCUUGCCAAAGAUGUUUCAGCAGACACAAGCCUUGGAGUUCGCUUCCCUUGUAUACCUGAUCAGGCAGGAUUAGUCCGUCUACUGGACGGUUGCUGGAUUGUUCCAGGAGAGGACGGAUUGGUUGGUGUGGAGGAGGUUGAGUCAGGGUUCCUGGCUACACCUGGAGUAGAUCCACACCUUGUUCAUCAAAACUGGGUUUCAAACCAUUACAGGAUGAUAGUUUGGGCUCUGGGUAGUCUGGAGAGGAGAGGAUUAGCAGAGUCCGCUCUAACCCUGGAGAACCUGAUGAGUAGACUUAAACUGAGAUAUGAUCGGGAGAUUGACAGAGCUGAGAGAUCUGUUCUCAGGAAGAUUACAGAGAAGGACGAACCUAGCUCAAGACCAAUGAUACUGCUGGUAGGACGGGUUGGGACGGAUACUCUAGAGCUAAGUGAUGGCUGGUAUUCUCUACCCUGUCCCUUAAACUAUGGAGAUCCUCUCCAUCAGCUUGUUGCAGCAGGGAAGAUAAAGGAAGGAACUAAGCUGGUGGUCCAGGGAUGUAUUCUAGCAGGAGGAGAUCAGGGUUCACAUCCUCUAGAUCCGGGUACUAGAGAACUACAGGUUAGGACUAAUCCUUUAUAUCAGGAUACUAGAGAACUACAGGUUGAUGUUAACAGCUGUAGACGUGUAGUCUGGUGGAGCAGGUUAGGUCCCUGCCCUCCAAUCUGUAUUCCUGUCUCCAGUCUGAAGAGUGGAGGUGGUGCAGCUCCAUUACUCCGGGUAGUGGUGGCCAGGGUGUAUCCUAUCCUAUAUUGUGUCAGGACGGAGAAUAAGACGGAAUACCUGAGUGAAAAGCAGUGGAUUGUACGCCAGGAGCAAGAAUCCCAAAGAAGAGAAGAAAUGAUAAUUAAAGCUGAGAAGGAACUAGGAAACAAGAAGGAGAAUAGAAAAGUUAGAAUUAAGGACCUGAACCUGUUGGAGGACGGAUAUGAGCUACUUGAAGCUGUAGAAUCUGAACCUGGUCUCUACGAGUACCUAAACACCCAGCAGAGGGAGAAGGUCUUAAUCCAGGGGGAGGAGAGGAUUGCAGAGCGGAGAAGACAGGUUGAGAGUAGGAUGGUGGAAGGAGAUCAUAAACCUAACGCCAGACCGGUUUUGAAGCUCCGGGUGCAGGAUGUAGCAGAGAGUUCAGGUUCAGCUCUGAUCUCCGUGUGGAAUCCAGGAGGUCUCCAGGAGAUACUCAGAGAAGGAAAGAUACUUGGGAUUAUCGGAGCUCAGGUUAGAAGUGUAAGCGGAGGCACAGUUUACCUGACUGCUACUAAAACCACCCAGUUUAUAGAUAUCCAAUACUCUAGACCUCUGCUCCGAUCUGUAGAUCGAACCCUCCACUCUAUCAUGGAGAUCGGAGAACCAGACUUUAAACCUCUGUUCAACGAAGUUGAUCUUGUCGGUCAAGUGAUUAUGUUAGAGGACCCGUGGACCAGGGCCCAGACUGUUUAUGUUUGCGAUGAAACCGGUUUUCUCCAGGUUGUGGUCUGGGGUGGAGUAGAGUCAGUAGGACUCAGUAAAGUGCUUGCUCCGGGUCAGAUUGUUUCCUUCCGGGAUCUAGAGUGGAGACAGAAGAGUAGGACGGAGUCAAUCUGCUCAGUAUACAUCAGAGAUUACAGCACAGUUACCGUUAAUCCCAGAUCUAAACUUCAUACAGCCCGAAUUACGGAACUCAAGACUGUUCUAAAUCUGAACCCAGAGCUGGUUCAGAAAUAUCUUCAUCAGAUUGAAUCUGGUUCUAAAGCUCAAAGUUCUAAAGGUUUACAAGGAAUUAAGAGGAAAGGUUACAAUGCAUCCUCGUUACAGGAAACUCCGGGUAGGGUUAUAAACAGAGAAACCCCGGUUCCGAGACGGAUCUCCUCCGCCUGGACCCAUGAGAAUUUAACCCUCUGUGAGGACGAACCACUAAGUAAACACUCGUCCAAUGUUUCAAGUCGUCUUGCCAAAAUAGACGCGUACACUAGUCGUCUAGCGGAGCAAGGUAUUAUUUACUCCGCACCCUCUCCACAACCCACUUGGUCUAAACCUAUCCAGGAGAAACCUUACCGUCCUCCACGGAUUAGUUCUCCGACCAGGAUCCCGGAGAACACGAACCUAAAGGAGUCCUCUGUUGAAAGUCAGGAACUAGAAGGAAUGUUUAUGAAUAUUAUGGAUGAAUUAAACGUUUGAAUCCGAUCUUACUUAUCACUAAAUUCAAGAAUAAAUCUUUUAAACUUUU